AUGUAUCAGCCGCCGUAUUUGCAGAAUGAGCCGUAUCAACCUUAUCAGCCGUAUCAGCAGCAACAGCCGCAACAACAGCAAACUACAUACGAGUAUAAACCUGUCACUGCACAAGAGGUGUAUCCUGUCGAGACAGAUGCGGGACAACCUGAGAAGCGGGAACGAGAGAGACCUGAUUACCGACCAAUUCCUCUACGAUGGCCCUUCAUCAGCGCUCUGAUACUUGUGUUGUUGGGUCUCAUGGGGCUGAUCAUCUAUGCUACACGCACAUUAAAUGGCGAUGAUAAAACAGCAACACUCGAAAGUCGUUCGUUUAGAAUCACGAAUGAAAAUCUGUUCUACAUGAAGAGACAAGAUGUCGCAAGCGAACCAUCUCAACCGGAACCAACAGCCGACACUGGGACUGAAGAAUCUCAAGCCUCAGAACCCGAGCCUGAGCCUGUCCCUACAGACGACACACCUGCUGCAACUGGUGAUGUUGAAGGCGGUACUCUGACAACAGCCCUCGUCGAAUCAGUCUUUACAACAAUGGUCACAGAACCAGGCUCAAUUGAAGUCUCCAAAACAACCGAGACCAUCACAGAAACAGGCGAAACCACCCUCACCGAAACCAUCACCGAGGCAGCGUCAACCUUCACAUCCUUCAUCCCCGAAGAGUCAGUCCCCCCUGAAGAGUGGCAGCCUACAACAGUCGUCCAACCCGGCCAGACAAAAACCCUCAUCACCGUAAAAGAAAACGGCGCCGUCCGCACAACCGUUCGAGAAACGACACGGACUGGCCCACCAAUUGUUUACGCUUCUGUUGGAACGACGACGAUCUACUCGGUUCUCACUAUAGAUUCAGAGGGCAAAGUAGCGAAACCUCCUGUUACAAGGGUCAGAACCAGUGAAGUCGCUGCUACGGUCAAGACAGUAGUUGAUGCGCCCCCGCCUGUCACUAUGGUUCAGACACUGGCGGAUGGACAGGUUAUAACGUCUGUUUCCACGCCUGUUGGGACUACGCGUGUUACAACUGUGCCGCCGACAAAGGUUGUUGUUACGGAUGUUGAGACGCCGACUGGUGAUACGAAAAUUGUUGUUGAGGCUACGACGCAUACGCUUACGCAUUCGGGGUAUUUCAUUGGAAAGUUUCUACCGCCUAUUAUUGCUGUUCUUCUUGCGAUGGGGAUUCGAGCGCUGAAUCAGUCGGCGCAGCAGUAUCAGCCUUUUGCUGCCUUGACAAGGCAGGGCGGUGCUUUGGGUCGUGAGGCAUUGUUGCUGAGUUUCGAUGGAUGGAUGAGUAUCUAUCUUCCGUUCAAACUUUUGUUCAACAACCAGCCUCUUCCGUUCUUGACGGCACUCGCUCUGUGGGCAUCAAGUAUCGCGGCGCCGUUGUCCAGUGAAGCUGUCGGUCUCAAGAUCUAUGGACGCUGCAAAAAGGGUGCCAUUGACGGCUGUGCUCUUGAACUUGGUGUUUCGAACACAGCUGCCUACGCCCUCGUCGGUCUUCUCGGUGCAAUCGCCAUUCUACUCAUGUUCACACUCAGCGUUAUUAGUCGUCACUGGCGAACCGGCGUGUUUGCGAAUCCCUGGUGUGCUGCCAACACGGCGGCGCUUGUUGCUCGUAACCCCGAGAUUCGAUCGAUGGGUGCUCAAGACUGGAAAGACUUGAAGGGCGCUGUUACAGAGAAGAGGUUUGCUAUGGGAUGGUUCCGCAAUCAAGAAGGUAGAGACGAGUAUGGUCUUGUUGUCGUUGGCGACAUCAACCGUGAUAUCAUAGCCCCCUAUGGUAACACGCCGUAUGAAGAGGGUAUGGCGUAUCGUCCACAGACUCGUCGUCGAGCACCGCAGACGUUCAUGGCAUUGAGUUUCUGGUAUCGCUUCACAUUCCUCGUGUUUUUGAUCUGUCUGCUUGGUUUCAUUAGCUACUAUCACUUUGUCGAUACGUUUGGACACUUGCCCAAGAACAUGAAGAAGCUGAUGGAGAGCCAAGACUUUGGUGUACGAUUUGUUUGUUCUGCGCUUGGUGUCAUUGUUGUCUUUUGCUGGGAGUUCCUCUUCACCAGUGUCGCUGUUAUCACACCCUAUCGUCGAAUGGCUGAAGACCCUCAAGUUCCUACACGAUCAGUCCUCAUGACACCAGCAACAAACCCAGUCUCCGGCUUCUUCGUUGCUCUUCGAAUCCGCGACCCUCUCCUCUUCUUCACCGCCUUCACCACCCUCCUCGCCCAGUUUCUCCCGAUCCUGCUCGCCAACGUACCAUACAGUCUCACACAGACAAGUGAAGCCCACGAGAUAUGUUCCCGUCUGAGCAUUGGUAUUCUUCUCAUCAUGGUCGUCGCCAUGCUGUCGAGUUUGUUGGUCAAGUGGCCCGACUUGCCCGUCGAUCCACGAAGCCUGGCUGGUGCACUUUGGUACGUUGCUGAUGCACCGUGGGUAAGAGGUCUCGAGGGUGUAGCUGCGAUGAGUGCAAGGAAACGGAAGGAUGCAGUCCAGGGACUUGGAGGGAGUUGGACCAGCAGAACGAUGCCCUUCAACAACCAUCGGGCUAACGUCCGCGGAUACCUAUACGCGGGUGGCCGAGGCUAUGUUCCUCCUCACAUCGGACGAGGUCGUGAUCGUGGCCAGCCUCAAGGGUUCAGAAACGCCACACCAGGUCCUAGCUACGGCCAGCAGGGAUGGGAAUACGAGCAACCUGCUUUGUAUCCCCAAGGAUAUGGCAGGUUCCCAAACAACUACCCUCACUACGAUGGCCACUAUCAGCGUGCUUCGCAACAGCCUCCACCGCCUGCAGUAACUUGGCACCCCAAGCCUCCGUAUCUCGAAUCACCCGGUGCGGCAGUCAACAAUGAUAUUCAUCUCUCGAUGAACGACAACUACCCUCAGUCUCAGGGCCUGCCCAUAAUUCAGUCACUUUUUACAAGCAUCAUCGCAAUCAUUAUCCUAAACAUUUCCUAA